AUCUCACAUUCGCAGCUCACACUCGCAGCUCACUCUAACUGCACACACUCGCAGCUUAUACUAACAGCUCACACCCACAGUACACACAGCCAGCUCACACUAGCAGUUUACACUAGCAGCCUAACUUUAGCAGUUCACACUCGCAGCUCACACCAGCAGCUCACUCUAGCAAAUCACACUCGCAGCUCACACUAG